AUGACGGUUUCAUACACCCUCAAAGUGGCAGAGGCUCGCUUCGGAGGCUUCUCUGGUUUGCUUCUCCGUUGGAGGGGAAGCAUCUACAAGCUCCUCUACAAAGAGUUCCUCCUCUUCAUCGCCCUGUAUGCUCUGCUCAGCAUCACCUAUCGGUUGCUGCUGACCCAGGAGCAGAGGCAUGUAUAUGCUCAGGUGGCCCGAUACUGUAAUCGUUCUGCAGAUCUCAUCCCCUUAUCCUUUGUACUGGGUUUCUACGUGACCCUGGUGGUGAACCGCUGGUGGGCCCAGUAUACAAGUAUUCCACUGCCAGACCAGCUGAUGUGCGUCAUCUCGGCCAGCGUGCACGGCGUAGACCAGCGUGGCCGCCUGCUGCGCCGUACCCUCAUCCGCUAUGCCAACCUGGCAUCUGUGCUGGUGCUGCGCUCGGUCAGCACCCGCGUGCUCAAGCGCUUCCCCACUAUGGAGCACGUGGUGGAUGCAGGUUUCAUGUCCCAGGAAGAGAGGAAAAAGUUUGAGAGCCUGAAAUCCGACUUCAACAAGUACUGGAUCCCAUGUGUCUGGUUUACUAACCUGGCAGCCCAGGCCAGGAGGGAUGGGAGAAUCCGUGACGACAUUGCUCUCUGCCUGCUCCUGGAAGAGCUGAACAAGUACCGGGCCAAGUGCAGCAUGCUAUUCCACUAUGACUGGAUCAGCAUACCUCUCGUCUAUACCCAAGUGGUGACCAUAGCAGUAUACUCCUACUUUGCCCUCUCCCUGGUUGGCCGCCAGUUUGUGGAGCCAGAGGCAGGGACUGCCAAACCUCGGGAGCUGUUAGAGCCAGGACAGGAGCCAGCAUCUACUCUGGGGGACCUGGACAUGUAUGUGCCUCUCACCACUCUGCUGCAGUUCUUCUUCUAUGCUGGCUGGCUCAAGGUGGCGGAACAGAUUAUCAACCCCUUUGGGGAGGACGAUGAUGACUUUGAGACUAACCAGCUCAUAGACCGCAACUUACAGGUGUCCCUGCUCUCCGUAGACGACAUGUACCAGAACCUGCCUCCCGCUGAGAAGGACCUGUACUGGGAUGAAGACUCAGCGCAGCCGCCUUAUACGGUGGCCACCGCAGCCGAGGCUCUGAGGCCUUCUUUCCUGGGUUCCACCUUCAACCUUCGCGUGAGCGACGACCCCGAGCAGAACGUGCAGGUGGACACGUCCCCAGGGUCUGCUAGGCCGCUGCCCGCCGCGCAGACCCCGUUGCUCGGCCACUUGUUUGCCGCAGGAGCACCCUCGCCUGCCAUCAGCCUCCGGACCUUCGGCCGCGCGCGCGGAGUCCCUCGGACCCCUCAUCUGCUGCGCUUCCGAGCGGAGGAGGGCGGCGACCCCGAGGCCGCGGAUCGCAUUGAGGAGGCGUCGGUGGGGUCAGGGGACGAGGCUGGGGAACCCUGA